AUGUAUCAGCAAAAAGAUAGAAGGGGGUCAGAUCCUCUCGUUCUUCAGAAUCGAGCGGCCAACUACGAGAGAAACAAUAAUGCGUCGCUGACAUCUAAAAAGCUUCUCAAGCUGACAAUGCCAAAUCCAUCAGAUUUACGCCAGUCACGGAUUCAUAAAUUGCCGCUAGUGGCGAUAUUACUCGCCGCAUUCAUGAUACUCUUCUUCGUCUCUAGCAUGUCUUUAGUCUGGACUUUCUCGGUUAUUGUUCCAUAUUUGCGUGGCAUACAGUACGAAGAGAAAACGUGUCGUCUUUUCGGCGUUCAAGGAGUUCCCGAAUCUUGCUGGAGUCACGACUUUUUUCAGCAGCUCGAAUUUGAAUCAAGCACAAAGAAGUUGUUUCCUUCCAAGUUGUUUCAGAGAAGUUGCGCUGAAAGCGAAUGCAAUCAGAUGCUGGAAGACAAGAGUUGUGUUCAAUUCUAUGUUCAAGACGAGAAAAAGAACAGCUCCACUUUCAUUCUACACAGAGACGAAGUGGACAUCUCAGGACUCUGCCAGUCGCAGAUGCAUUGCUCGGUUCGACCCAAGCGCGUCCAAGUGCAGUCAUUCUCCGCUAAGCCGAAAGUUCCUGGAAGCUGUCUUCGCCCUGUUGACUGCGAGUCCAUAGUCAAAGGCGCCCGAGAUAUCUUUACUGGAGAAGAAGGGCUCAAACUCGGCAUGAGAACGCAAUGUUGGAUUAACAAUUCGAACCAAACAGCGGCAAAUUACGAGACUCUUCAAGUGACGGGAGCAAUGGCUAGAAAAUCACUUGGAACAUUCUUCGGAGGAAAAGUCUUUCACGCGGUCUUUUGGCCCUUGCUUGGCUUCAUGUCUUCGAUCUUCUGCUGUACCACUUUCUGGUACAAAAACAGAAAUCACGUGCUAAAGUUCACGCAGUCUGGCUAG